AUGGACAAGUUGGGAAAGGGUUCUGGAUUCAGGAGAAAUACCUUGGUUAGGUCUCGGCAACCAGCAACCACACCCCUGGGGCAACCUGCCUCAGGUCCGUCUGGGUCUCUCGGCAGCAUCCAACCCCGAAGACUUGUGGCUGCACAACCGGCUACCCAGGCCUGGGCAGACGAGCAGGCAGCGCUGCGGCAGGACCAAGUUCAACAGGAUAAGGUCUGGAGAGAGUCUGUGGAGGCUGAACAGAGAGGAUGCAAAAUCUGGUACCAGAACUGGAGUUUCCUACAGGACUACUAUGACCAAACGGGUAAGAAAAAGGAGCAGAAGCCACUGCCAAACUAUAUGCCUGUGUUCUCAAGCAAAGUUCCCAACUCAACCAACCAGACUAUUGGCAGUCAAAUGAAUACUGAACUUGGCAGGGCUCUGGUAAACAUGGAUUACUUCUUCAGCAGUGGAGCACGGAAGAGGAAACUUGAGGGUGAGCUCCAGCUCUCCUAG